AACAGCUCGCACUUAGCUUCAAAGCUGGCUCUUGGAAGUUAAGGCCAGAGCGACGCUGCCGUGGUAGCCGCCGCCGCUUUCGUCGCGGGAUAAUAAGCCGGGUAGAGUUGCUGAGGAUCUACCAAAUCUGCUGAUUAACUAUGGAAGAUUAUACCAAAAUAGAGAAAAUUGGAGAAGGUACCUAUGGAGUUGUGUAUAAGGGUAGACACAAAACUACAGGUCAAGUAGUAGCCAUGAAGAAAAUCAGACUAGAAAGUGAAGAGGAAGGGGUUCCUAGUACUGCAAUUCGGGAAAUUUCUCUAUUAAAAGAACUUCGUCAUCCAAAUAUAGUCAGUCUUCAAGAUGUGCUUAUGCAGGAUUCCAGGUUAUAUCUCAUUUUUGAAUUCCUUUCCAUGGAUCUUAAGAAAUACUUAGAUUCCAUCCCUCCUGGUCAGUUCAUGGAUUCUUCACUUGUUAAGAGUUAUUUGUACCAAAUCCUACAAGGGAUUGUGUUUUGCCACUCCAGAAGAGUUCUGCACAGAGACUUAAAACCUCAAAAUCUAUUGAUUGAUGACAAAGGAACAAUUAAACUGGCUGAUUUUGGCCUUGCCAGAGCUUUUGGAAUACCUAUUAGAGUAUACACACAUGAGGUGGUAACACUCUGGUACAGAUCUCCAGAGGUAUUGCUGGGGUCAGCUCGCUACUCGACUCCAGUUGACAUUUGGAGUAUAGGCACCAUAUUUGCAGAAUUAGCAACCAAAAAACCACUUUUCCAUGGGGAUUCAGAAAUCGAUCAACUCUUCAGAAUUUUCAGAGCUUUGGGUACUCCCAAUAAUGAAGUGUGGCCAGAAGUGGAAUCUUUACAGGACUAUAAGAAUACAUUUCCCAAGUGGAAACCAGGAAGUCUGGCAUCCCAUGUUAAAAACUUGGAUGAAAAUGGCUUGGAUCUGCUCUCGAAAAUGUUAGUUUAUGAUCCUGCCAAACGAAUUUCUGGCAAAAUGGCACUGAAUCAUCCUUAUUUUAAUGAUUUGGACAAUCAGAUUAAGAAGAUGUAGCUUUCUGACAAAGAGUUUCCACGUAUCAAGAACAGAUAGUUAUAUUUUUACUGUUAACUUUGUCUGUUUUUGUUUUGUGUAUUUUUCUUUUCUUUGUUGUAAACUUAAGCUGUACUUCAUCUUCUGAUUUCAAAAGUGUAACUUAAAAAUGUAAAUAUUGUUCUAUAUGAAUUUAAAUAUAAUAAUUCUGUAUAUGUUUAUAGAUCUCACUGUAACAGCUAUUUGCUACCAUAAUAAAACUAUAAAUCUAGUAUUGAUGUCAGGAAUUGCAAAAAUUUUGAGUUAGAUUAAAUCAGCUCAAAUGUUAGAGUCUGAUUUUCCUGUAGUUGGAACCACUGAAAUUUAGGAAAGUGUGCUAAGUUCAAAGUUCAUAAAGCUUUGAAGUGUUCUGAUGCUC